GCAGAGACUCCCCUCCCGCGAAAGCCCCCCACACGCGCGCGCACGCGCCCAGAAAAAUCCCCUCACUCGCCCCAACAAACUCCAAUCGAUUCCUACUGCGUACCUCCUUCGAUUUUCUCGGGAAAGUGUUCGAAUUUUCUCUCCCUCCACCACCUGCUUCCAUUACCGCUCUCAGCUUCUAUAACCGGAGCGAAGCUCGUGAAUCAUCCCGCUAUCGGGUGGAUUAAUUGCGAGCUUCUCGCUUCUCGCUUCGAUUUGAAGUCUUUAGGCACUAAUCCCCUCUUACCUGUGGGGCUGAGUAGCCGAAUGAGAUCUGCUGGGAAUGGAGAGACAAACUAGGUAUAUGGAGAGAAACAAUUCGAUGAAUAAUAGAGGGAAAAGGAGCUUGGAGGGUGAAGAUGAGCCGCAGGAGAGAAAGCGGCCUGCUCUUGCAAGUGUCAUUGUAGAAGCUCUCAAGGUUGACAGUUUACAGAAGCUGUGUUCGUCAUUGGAACCUAUCCUUCGUAGAGUUGUCAGCGAGGAAGUUGAACGAGCACUGGCUAAGUUGGGGCCUCCUAGACUAAAUGGAAGAGCAUCGCCCAAGCGAAUUGAAGGUCCAGAUGGAAGAAACUUGCAGCUCCAGUUUAGAUCACGGUUGUCUCUUCCACUCUUCACAGGAGGGAAAGUUGAGGGGGAGCAGGGUGCUGCAAUUCAUGUAGUUUUAGUUGAUGCAAAUAGUGACCAUGUUGUCACCUCUGGGCCAGAAUCCUCGGUGAAACUGGAUAUUGUUGUGCUUGAAGGUGAUUUUAACAAUGAAGACGAUGAGGGGUGGACCCAAGAAGAAUUUGAAAGUCAUGUUGUUAAAGAGCGCGAAGGGAAGCGGCCACUAUUGACAGGGGACUUGCAAAUUACACUGAAGGAAGGUGUUGGAACCCUUGGGGAAUUGACAUUUACGGAUAACUCCAGCUGGAUAAGGAGUAGAAAAUUCAGGCUAGGCUUGAAGGUUGCCCCUGGAUUCGGUGAAGGCAUUCGCAUUCGUGAGGCUAAGACAGAAGCUUUUACUGUUAAGGAUCAUAGAGGAGAACUGUACAAAAAGCAUUAUCCACCUGCCUUACAUGACGAAGUAUGGAGAUUGGAAAAGAUUGGCAAGGAUGGUUCAUUUCACAAGAGGCUAAACAAUAAUGGAAUAUUUUCAGUUGAAGACUUCCUCCGCCUUGUUGUUAGGGAUCCUCAGAAAUUGCGGAAUAUCCUGGGCAGUGGUAUGUCAAAUAAGAUGUGGGAUUCUCUUUUGGAGCAUGCCAAGACUUGUGUCCUUAGUGGAAAGCUCUAUGUUUACUAUGCCGAAGAUAAUAGAAAUGUUGGAGUGGUUUUUAACAACAUCUUUGAGCUGAAUGGCUUCAUUUCGGGGGACCAGUAUCAGACUGCUGAUUCUCUUUCUGAUAAUCAAAAGGUUUAUGUAGAUACUUUGGUGAAGAAGGCUUAUGACAAUUGGAGUCAAGUUAUAGAGUAUGAUGGCAAAUCUUUAUUAAGUUUCAAGCAAGUAAGGAGGUCUUCUAGAAAUGAACCACAGGUGGCGGCACUAGAAUACUCUAAUGCUUUAGAUCAUCAGCUGCAGAUACCACGAUUGCCUGUUUCAUUUACAUCCGAACAGCCUUCGGCAGAUUCAGGUUUAACUGUUGGAGGAUAUAAUGGUGAUGUGGCGGGGAGAUACUCAACCCAGUCCCAGCUUGGAAAUGCUAAUACUCGGUCUCAGUUUCCUAGUACUUCUUCAUACAUACCACAUGACCCGUUGGCUAGCAACCAAGCCCAAAGUUCAAGAAAUGACAACAGUGUUGGCUUGGCCCUUGGUCCGCCUCUGUCAGCUGGUUUUCAGGCAACUGGUUCAUUGAUUCAGACUCCUGGCUUGAAUCCAUUUGAUGAUUGGUCGAGCAACCGGGACAAGGGAGACGUUGAGUUUUUGACAGAAGAAGAGAUUCGCAUGCGAAGUCAUGAGAUGCUGGAGAAUGAGGACAUGCAGCAUUUACUCCGACUCUUUAGCAUGGGAGGUCAUCCCUCCUUUAGUGUUCCUGAAGAUGGUUGUGGGUUCCCUAACUACAUGCAGUCACCACAGCCAUAUGAUGAGGACCGGUCCCGUUCAGGCAAAGCGGUUGUUGGUUGGCUGAAAAUAAAGGCAGCGAUGAGAUGGGGCUUUUUCAUAAGGAAGAAAGCUGCUGAGAGGCGGGCUCAAAUUGUUGAGCUGGAUGAAUAAAAACGGAAGAAGGGUUCCUGUGAGAUGGUUUAUGCUCUAAAUAUUGGGCGUUGACUUGUGUUGCUUUUGAUUCAAGGAUUCAUGGCAGCUCUUUGCUGAUGCCGACACAAUUGUGGUCUCGGGGCUUCUGUUGGCCGGGUUUGUUAGGGAUCUCUGCUGAUUCUGCAUCUUUAAUGUGGAAGUCUGUUGUACAGUUGUCUGUACAGUAAGUUUCUUCUAUUAAUAGUACUUGAAGGCUUAUUUAUUCAUGAAGUAUGUGUUUUGGUAAGGAAUUGCUUAGUGUACUCCUAAUUGUUGGGCCAGAUUGACAAUGUUUUUCGAUUCUAGGCAUUUGGCCACCCAUGUUUAAUUGUUAGGUAUGUAAUCGUGUGAAGAUGACCAAUGAAUAGGUCUUCUGUUUUACUUCG